CUUGAAUUAAUCUCUUUAUAUUUUUUGUUCUUUCUCUCUUUUCUCCUGAUGACCGAAUGAUCUUCGGGUGACCAGUGGCCACUUUUCUAUCCAAAGUCUCGUCCUUGUCAAAACAAAAUCUUCUUAUUCCUCUUUUUUCCUCCUUUGGAUUAUCUUUCUUUUCUGUCUCUCUCUCUCUCUCUCUUUAUCCUUCUCAUCUCUCUCAUUCCUGUUUCAUUUUUUACAUGCUAUAUUCUCUUACUGUUGACAAUCCACCUCUCAAUCCAGCGGUGAGGAUAAUCUCUUCAUCUUUCAUUUAGAAUUUGUCAACUUUCUCCUUCUCUCAUCAAGGAUUCAUUUAAUUCCAAUGCCGAUAACACUGAAUGUCUCUAAGUCAUUGGAAAACAUUUAAAAUUGAUCUUCUCUCCAGUCUUUUGGUGGGGUCUAUACAUUGACGUUCUUUCUCUCUUUCUUUUCUCUCUCUCUAUCUUUCUCUCUAUCUCUUUGAUAUUACAUCCCUUAUUUCACCUGAUUCCUAAUCUCCAGUAUUCAUAUUAUAAAAACACUGAGAGCUUAUACCAAACACAAUGAGUGAUUCAAGUUCAGAAAGGGAAUCCUUUGUUGCUGGUCCACGAGUUGUUACCAUCCUUAAAAUUGAUUCUGGUUUUGGUUUUAAUGUUCGUGGUCAGGUCAGUGAAGGUGGACCUUUACGUAGUAUUAAUGGUGAGCUUUAUGCUCCAUUGCAACAUGUUUCAGCAAUACUGGAAGGUGGGGCUGCUGAGAAAGCUGGUGUUCGCAAAGGUGAUCGCAUAUUAGAGGUAAAUGGUGUUAAUGUUGAAGGUGCUACUCAUAAGAGAGUUGUUGACCUCAUCAAGUCGGGAGGUGAUACAUUGACAUUGACUGUGAUCUCUGUUACACCGAGGGAAGCAGAAAAAUUAGAUCCAGGAGAUGAUGUUUCAGCCUUCACUUAUUAUGACUAUAGCGAGAAAAGAUCUUUACCAAUUUCUAUACCUGAUUACAAUUAUAUCGAAAGAAGUGGCCAUAGAUUUGUCGUUUUUAACAUUUACAUGGCUGGUAGACAUUUAUGCUCAAGACGUUAUCGGGAAUUUUCAAAUUUACACAACAGUUUACGAAAAGAAUUCCAAGAUUUUCAAUUCCCUAAAUUACCCGGUAAAUGGCCAUUCGGUUUAUCUGAUCAACAACUUGAUGCUAGACGUCGAGGAUUAGAACAAUAUCUAGAGAAAGUUUGUGCUGUUCGAGUGAUCGCCGAAAGUGAUCUUAUGCAAGAAUUUCUAACCGAUUUCGAUGACGAACGGGAAGGAAACAUUGCAAUGGUUGACCUAAAGAUCCUUUUACCCGAUAGAUCAACGAUCGUAGUAACUGUCCGUAAAAAUAGCACCGCAGCUCAUGUUCUUAAAACUGUGAUGGAGAAAAUUAAUUUAUCACCCAAAGUAUCCCCUUACUUUGAUCUAUUUGAAAUUGUCGAAUACAAUUUUGAACGUAAAUUACAAUCAAAUGAAUUCCCUCAUAAUUUAUACAUUCAAAAUUAUUCAACGGCAACAUCGACCUGUCUUGCAAUAAGAAAAUGGCUUUUCUCAAUUGCUAAAGAAAUUGAUCUAAGUGAAGAUUCAUCAGCGGAAAGUUAUUUCUAUUGGCAGGCUGUUGAUGAUGUUAAUAAAGGACAAAUCAAACCCGGUAAUCAAUUAUACGAAUUAAAAGCUCUUCAAGAUUAUACAAAAAGAAAAGAGUAUCUUGCCUUAGCUCGUCAACUUGAAGGUUAUGGUGAGAUCUCAUUCCCUUAUUGUAUGAGCGAUGCCCGAAAAGGAGGUCAUGUUAUCGCUUCCAUUAGUUUUAACAAUCUCAAACUUCAAGCUUGUAAAGAAGAUGGAACACCAGAGACACAAGUGAUUGAAUUUGCUUGGAAUCAUAUUAAAUCAUGGGAGAUAGAUGAAGAAGGAUUAUUUUUCGCUUUUCAAUAUUGUCGACCCGAUAAAAAACCACGUUUAAUAAGAAUCCAAACACCAUAUUUUGUUUUCAUGCACGAUUGUUUCCAACGAAUCCAAGAAGAACGAGCUUCUCUCAAUGGCACCGAUUAAUAACUUAAUUUAUAUAUUUUCUCUGGCAUUCAAACCUUCAAAUAUGCUAAUUAAUUAAUCACAUAAUCACCAUCAAUGGCCAUCAUAAUUUCACUCACUUUAGCACCGUAAUCACAAUACAUAUAUGAACACAAACACUUUUCACAAUCAAUGAAGUGUAUGUGUUUAUUUCUCUCUCUCUCUCUCUUUCUCAAUUCUAGCAAUACAAAUCUAAAGUUGACACAAUUAUCAACAAAUAUCUUUAAUUAGUAAUAUAUAAAAUUAAUCAUCAUCCAGUAUCCUCCUCAAUUCGUGUGAUAUCAACUAAAAAUUGCACAAUUUCUGCAAAGUGGAUUGAUUUUUUUUCUUCUCUCCCAGUUUUAAAUCAAAUUUAAUAAUCAACGGAAUCCUGAUCUUUUUGUUUCUCUCACUAUCUGUUCAAAUCAAGUGCCACCAAUCAAAUGCAUAUCCGAUUUAUAUAAAUAUGAUAAAAUUAAUGGAAUCAAAUUGAACAGAAAACAAACAAACAAAAAAAUAUAUUCUAUUAACAACAACAUCAACACAACAACAAAGUGCAAUGUUAACAACAAUUAACUACUAAUUAGGGUUAAAUUUAAAGUGACGGCAAGUGCCAUAAAAUUAUAACAAGAACUGAAUCAAAUAAUUGAAUCCAAAAGAGAUGAUUGCAGAUUUAAAUUGAAACCUUAAUCCUGAUCUUCAUCUUAAUCAAACCAACUCUUUUAUUCACCUUGUAUAUGCAUAUAAAUUGUUCCCCUCCUUAAUUUAAUUUAAUCAUUCCCAAUUUCUAUCUCUUUUUCCAUCUCAACUGUAAUUUUUUUUUUGCCUGUGUUUACCUUAAGUCUUUUUUUUGUGCUCACCUUUACACUUAACUUUUAAUGUUUACACACUCACGAACUGUUACCUGCUGAUCAGCUGAUAUUCAUCAUGAUGGCGAAAACUGUUUUUGUUUUUCUGUUCACAAUUUCCUGUCUAUCAAUCUGAAAUUUCCUCUGGUGGAUUUAUUAUUAUCUCUCAUCAUUUCUCAUGUUUCUCUCUUUCUCUUUCUCUCCAUGUAGACAAUAAUUCAAUUGAUACAAUUGGAUUAUCUGAUGAUCAUAUUGCACAGAAACCUCAUGAAUAUGAUCAGUUGAUUAAAUACUUGGAGUAUCAAAUUUUACUCAUCAUACAACAUCAUCAACAACAACAACAACAAUAAUCAACAUCAAUCUUAACAUUGCCUUGAAGGCAGAAAAUUGUGUCUCUUGUUGACAUGUUAAAAUGUCAUCAAGACAACAAUGUUUACAAUUAUUAUUACAAGAGUCUCAUCAUUUGUUUUGGACAAAACAAUAACAAUUUCAUCUCUCUCCUUCCAAUAUAUACUCACAAUUACAUCACCAAUAUCAUCUUAUCAUCUUCAUCGUCAUCUUAAUGGAUAAAAAUUAGUCUCCACUCGUCACAUUGCUACGAGUUUCAACCAAUUCAUUUUUCUAUGUCACUCAAAAAUCUCUCUCUCUUUCCUUAAUUAGUAUUCUAUUCCCAUGGAGAGAAGCAAUUUCCCGUUUUUUUUUGUUCCAAACAAAUGCUGACAUUCAAUUGUCACUAAAAUAUUAGUUAUUAUGGUAAAAAAUGGUCCAAUCAAUGGUUAAUUCAAAAGCUUAAUUCCUGGUGAAAUGAUUGAUGAUGAUCAUUAAUAGGAGACAAUUAAUCUUAACAAUACUCAUUCUUCUUGGAAAAAAAGAUCAAAUCAAUUGGAUACACACGAAUUUCAGUUAUUCCAUUGGUCAACUUUCUUUCAUUGGAUUAAACUAAUUAUAGUAAAAACGAGGAAAUUAACAAUCAACAUAAUCGAAUUAAAUAAAAAGGUAACAAUCAACCAAGGAAACCUUUUCUAAAACCUAUGAUUCAAAGGAGAUUUUUGGCAAAAUGAAAUCAAGAAUUAUAUUUAAUAAUUAUGCAAGAAUCCAAGACGAGCAAGGACGAGAAAAUUAAGAGAAAAGGAAACAAUUAAAUUAACAGCAACAGAAAUUGAUUUACAAUUAAUUCAAUUGAGAAGCAUAAAAAACACAGAUUUUGUUUGCGUGAUGGUAAACAAAAGUUAAUAAGAAAUGUAUUCUACAAUCAAUUGUAAAAGUUUUAUUUUCACUGAAUACACAAGUAUCUCAAAUUUAACAAA